CUGGGAGGAGAGGGGGAGUAGUUAGAGACGGGGUGGUGUGCCGCUAGUGGGAUUUAGAGUGCACUGUUCUGUGGAGGAAGAUAGAGGAAGAAAGACAGAAUAAUAGUCCAGUCUCCUGGACAUUUCUGCUCCGAAAGAUGCUUUCCACGUUGGUGAUUUUCUUCUGUCUGUGUGGCACAGAGCCGCUGAGAUCCUGGGCUGAAGAUCCGACAGAGCUUGUGAGCAGGGAGAAUUCAAAAGGGGCGCAGCAGUCGAGGGGAGCUGGCGAUCAUUCUGGCAGGUCAUCUCCAGGCCAUGGUGGGGUGAACAGAGCCGUCCUGGGUGGAGGUCUAACCAUUGACACCUUGCCAGACAAUAUGACACAUGUGGUGGAGGAUCCCGGAAAGUACUACACAUGGCAGAGUUUUGGCCCAGAAAACAAACGUACCAAGGAAGUGUGGGUGGACAUGAGUGAUGCCCGGCAUGGUCAAGUCAGAGUCCAUGGUAUUCUGUCGAAUUCGUACCAACAGGCUGUGAAAGUUGCCUUGUCGUUUGACUUUCCUUUUUACGGACACAACUUGAGGCAGAUCACUAUAGCAACAGGAGGGUUCAUCUUCACUGGAGACCUCACUCAUCGCAUGCUGACCACCACACAGUACAUCGCCCCUCUGAUGGCCAACUUCGACCCCGGCCACACCAAAGAAUCAACCGUGCAGUACCUGGAUAAUGGUGAGGUGUUUGUGGUCCAGUGGGAGAAAGUCAGACUCGCUGGCAAAGAGUCCGAGGGGGCCUUCACCUUCCAGGCAGCGCUCCACAAAACAGGAGACAUCACAUUCAGCUACAAAGACAUUCCUCUACCCCUGACAGUGAUGAACACUCCGGAGCAUCCCGUCAAGACGGGCCUGUCUGAUGCCUUCAUGGUCACAACAACACCCACACAGUCAACGGGUCCACAAAGACAGACCAUAUAUGAGUAUCACCGGAUUGAUAUUGAUCUCUCAACCAUCACCAGCAGCUCUGCAGUGGAGUUCACCGCUCUGGCCACUUGUCUGCAGCACAAGAACUGCGAGAGCUGCGUUUCGUCAAAGCAAACCUCUGGCUGCAGCUGGUGUAACGUUCUGCAGAGGUGUUCUGAUGGGAUGGAUCGACACAGACAGGAAUGGUUGGAUUACGCAUGUUUAGAAGAGAGUGAAGAUACCACUUGUGAGGUUUACACAGGGGAUUACAGUUCGCUGACUCCAGAGAUGGAAGAUGUCACAUCACCUGCAAAAAGUGUUGUCUGUAAACAUAACGAUGACGCUACUGACUCAGACGGUGAUGCGAAGACAGCUUCCUCCACCACGACUCACCAGUGGCCCAACAUGGGGGUGAUUGCAGGAAUAGCUGCUGCUCUGGUUCUGCUUCUGGCUCUGGUGCUGGUAACUGUUUACAUCAGCUUCAACCCGUCUGUUGCAUCACCAUUUUACCUCACUCACCGCCGCAAGAGUUACUGGCCUUCCAUGAAGUUUCAGAAGCAGCAGUCGGGUUACACAGAAGUGGAAGGAAGUGGGCGGGAGAGUUUUGUCGAAGCUCCUCCAUGUUGAGGACACACCUAUUUUUUUCAAUCAAUC